CACAGUGUCUCUGAAGAAGGGGAAGAGAGAGAAAGAGACCGGCUGCCUCCAGGAUUUUUUUCGAGCCAAGAGGAGAAUGUAGUCCAUGGUAUUUUCAGCUCAGCUUUUCAAAUGAAAUUAGAAUUACUUCUUUAAAAGUGGAUCGUGUGCCUUCAGCUUCCUGAAUUCACUCAGAAAAUUCAGAGGCAGUCUUUGGACUUAGAUUGUGCUACACAUCUUUUGGAUUGUCUUUUUUUUCUGGGGUGUUUUUUUUUUGUCUUUUUAACUUAUUACUCCCAUUUCCUUUCCCUCCCUCCCUUUCAUUCCACAUCUUUUACUUGGCUGGAAGGCUUGCAUUAAUUGUGAGAUUUGCUAAGGAGAAAACAGUUUAGUGAGGAGGGGCUGAACUCUGCCUUCUCCUCUGGAAGUGAUAGAUGAAGACAUGUUGUGAGUCCUAGCUUUGAAUUGGGAAUUUUUGAAUCCCUCUUUUGUUGCAUUGCUGGACAAAAUAAGAUUCUUCUCCAUUGUGGAAGUUGAUCUCUGAAGCAAAAGAAGUUUCAAUGGUGAGCCAGGGUGGAAUACGCAUGGAUCGAGGUUAUAUUUUUGGAUUCUGUUGCCUGGUUCUGUUGGAUCCAGGACAGGUUUGGACUGGAGCUCCCAAGACCCAGAAACCUGAGUUGGAAAUGCAAAUGCAGGUGAAUGACAGUACCAGCUCAGUUCCUACCUCAGAGGACGCUGCUAUGAACCCCACUGAGGCCAUUCCUGGAGGUGAUCAGUGCCGUGGUUAUUAUGAUGUAAUGGGUCAGUGGGAUCCUCCAUUUAAUUGCAAUUCAGGAAUCUACAACUUCUGCUGUGGGACCUGUGGGUACCGGUUUUGCUGCCAAUUCACAACAGGGCGACUGGACCAAAGUGGCUGUUCCAAUUACGAUACACCACAAUGGAUCAGCAUAGACCAACCACCCCAUCGAGUGGAUGAGACCCCUGUGAAUCCAACCAGGGACAAGACCAACAUGAUUGUAUACAUUAUAUGUGGUGUGGUGGCCAUCAUGGUUCUGGUGGGCAUCUUCACCAGACUGGGACUAGAAAAAUCACAGACCCCUCAGGCAGAGAUGACCAUAUCCAGAACCCUUACUGAUCUGCUGAAGCAGCCAGGUCACAGCACAUCUGAUCUCUUGCCUGAUGGCCACAUUGGCAGCGUGCAGGUACAGAUUGGUGAUGGGCAUUCUCGAGGAUCUCCCAGGAGUAGCAAAGACAAGAAUCACCUGAACAAUGCUGUGGUUAAUCCCACCACUGCCACGCAGAUUGGACUGCCACAUUCACACAACAACUGGUUGCAAAUGGCCAGCACUAUGCCACACAAGGCACCUGACUAUGCCAAAUACGCGACUCUCAAGGCUGUAGAAAGUGCUCCUGAAGAAUUCUACAAGCACUUCCCCAUGGUAGACAUGCAUCCUUCAGGCACUCUGUCCUUUCCUCCGUUGACACUACAUCAGAAAGACAUCCCACCUCUCCAAGAUGGCUGUGGCUUGAUCGGCAUGGCAACACCAGGGCAGAAGGCCAAAGUGAUGAAAUCUAAUGCCCACAUUCUAGCAAGCAGCCCAGCCUUUAAAGGUGGCUGGGAUCACAGCCAUCCUGACCAUCGGAGACAGGCCUACACCACCAAGCGUCAAUUCAGCGUUGAGAAGCUGCCUGAGGCAUUCAACCAGACACCUACUCACUAUGGCCAGCAACAGCGAUCCUUUCCCACCAACAGCAAGACCGAGGUCACUGUCUAGAACAGAACUGCUUUUUAUUAUUGUGUUUCCCCAUUACUUUGAAAUAUUCUAGCCGCCUGGGAGGUGGGGAUGUUCUUGCCAAACUAGAACACUUGUUGUGACAUAUCAGCGUAACUCCCCACUGGCACUGCCAGGUUUUGUGAGGGAGCAAGGGAAAUGUAAAGAAAAGAGUGGUCAGCAGUACUUCUAAGCUAUCCAUAGCUCCUGCCAGAACUUUUGGUGUGGCCCUCUGUUUUCUGUGUUCUGACUGAACUUGGUCAACAUGCAUGGGGAAACCAGCAUGCAUGUUGCUCUGUGAUUUGAUGCAUGACCGUUCUUUCUUGUUCACCUCUUCAUUACAGCAUACAUACACAGCAAAAUGGUCAGAGUCAACAGGAAACCUAAGGGACCCCCACUGUUGCGAUAAAAGUGAAAACAAAUAUGCUUCUGACCUGACCUGCCAUUGCAGGAAGAAAGACUAUCAGGAUUGAGACUAACAACAAGACAAAACUCUUGCAAUAAUCAACCAACCGCUACAUUGUGUUUGCACAUUUGCCCAGUAUUACAUUCCUUCUUGACUGUGCUUCAGUAAAUGCAAAAAAUGUGGCAAUUGGGGGGAGGGGGGAUAACAAUACUGAAAGUAGAAACACACUGUACAACAGGGAGCUUGACAAGGGCUGGAAGAAAACUUUAAAGUUUCCUUCAUUCUUUGUUUGAUUCUUGUCCUUCUCCUGUAGACUUUCUGGUUUAAGGCCCAUUUGUUAUUGUCUCUUCUUGCAUAUAAAUCUUUUGUGCCACUGGCAUGUUUGUCUUCCACUGAUCACUGCACACUGAGCAAAUGUUGGAGUACUGUUUGUUGGGAUACUUCCCUCAAGUGUGAAAAGGCUUGCGCCAAAUCCCUGGCAUGAAGACAUUGGAGCACUGCCAAUAAUUGUUGGUGGGGGGAGGGGGAAGAGAAUAUAAAUUGGAUUUGUAUAUCUCAUUUGUUACCUACUCCAUGGUGGCUUCUUGUAAAAACUUAAGCUACAAGUUGAAAAGUCAGCUUAAUACAGAAUUGGUCUAAAAUCGAAAA